GACACCCACACACAUCAAUAUUUAAAAAGACAAAAAGGGCUACAAAGUGAUAUAUGCUAACAUAAUUUGUACAUUUUUAACUAUAUCUAUCAAUAAUUUAUCAUUAAGAUGUCUCAGAGCGAAAUAAAAAACUCUUUAAUUGUUGGAAUAGACAAUUUCUUUCAAUUUCCUUUGCGUGUCCGAAUGACAACAGCAAUAAUUCCAGUAGGACUUAUUUUCCUCAUCGGUGGAUUAGCUAGUCCGUCGUGGUCAAGAUCAGAAUUGUCUCAACUUGGACUGUGGAAAUAUUGUAUAUUUUCUGACAUAUUAACUUGCUGUAAUAAUUUACCAGGCGGGUCACCAGGAUGGGUAAAAGCAACAAUAGUAUUUCAUAUCUUUGGGAUGUUUGGAGGAGCUGUUUGUCUCUUAUUUACCAUAUUUACAAUGUGUGUCUCGAAGUUCAAGUUUCACACUAGAGUCCAUCAUGCCAUUUGGAUAAGCAGCGCACUUACAGUAUUUUGUCUUGCAAUUAGUGUGGGGAUAUUCAGUGCAAACUACCACAAAGAAUCCUGGUUGAGCGGACAUUACACAUCUGCUGGUUUUCAUAUAACUGUCUGCGCAUGUGUUGUUUUUUUAGCUAUAUGUGUAGCUAUGCUUAUUUUUAGUUUCCAGGGCCACAAUAGAGUGCAAGACAUUUUUAAUAACAUGACACCAAUCAACUGGACCAAAUACAAUCAAGAAAGAAGUUUAGAAGCUUGGCUUUCACAUAUUGAUCAUGGGCUGGACAAAAUAGAAAUCAACGAAGCAUCAGAUAGAGAAAAAGACGCAAUAGUGCAAUUGAUACGUCGUACAUGGAAACCCCAUUUGGCUGGCAAAGGUCGUGACGCGCAACAAAGUGGAUAUUCACAAAUGAAAGUAGUGAAGGUCGAAAGAAUAGAAAAUCCAUCUCUUUUUUUGAAAUAUGCCCAGAAUAGACAACAUUUGCUUCGUCGUCUUGAAACUUCAAAUCGACAAUUUGAAUUCUAUGGAAUGACAAAGCAAAGACCAAUCGAAACAACCGCAAACAUGAACAAGAAUGUAUUUACAGAUAUACAUUCUGAAAUAAAUGAGCAUUACUUGUUCCAUGGUACUUCAGAUGCUACAGUUAGCGCCAUUGCACAUGGUGGCCUAGAUGCACGCUUAGCACGCGAUGGUAUGUAUGGGCGAGGAAUUUAUGCGGCAGAAUGUCCAACGAAGAGUGACCAUUAUGCAGGUAAAGAUAUGUUUAACCUUAAAAUAAUAGUAGUGCGCAUGCUUCUAGGUGAAGUUUUUGUUACCAAUGUCGGAUACGCGUUCCAAAGACCACCUUGCAAACAAUGUAUAAUGCAGGCUGGACAUCUCGGUUUGUGUAACAAUUCGGCUCAUAAACAGGACAUGUUUGACUCGGUCAUGGGGGCUAUUCAUGGAAAACACAGAGAAUUUAUAACUUAUGAACAAAACAGCUGUUCGAGUUAUCCAGAAUAUAUAAUAACUUAUAACAGAGAAUGAGAACACGAUAUUUAUGUGCAGCACAUUUUAUAAUCUUUACAUUAUUAUAUAUGUUUUUGUUGUGAAUUGCAGUAGAGUGAAAUAACUUAUACAGCACUGAAUAAUGCAGUAAAGUGUACGCAUAUAUGCAUAUUAAAAGUUGAAUAACUAUUAGAAUUUGCCAAUUUUUCGAGAAGGUCUUU